GGAAAACGGACAAGAACUUCAUGAACAAAAUGGAACCAACUAAUUGGGAAGGGGACAUAAUAACGAGGAGGGCUCAAUUGGAGGGCUUAAUUCAUGACCAUAGUACAAUAGUAAUGGACAUAAUAAUACAGAAAAUCAGAAACCCACCAAAACCACAUCAUCAUCAUGUGCCGUUCAGCAUCCGAUGCGAACCACUGUGAGAGAUUGGAAUACGGAUACCCUAGGCAGCGGAUUCAACAGCUGAUCGGGACGGAUACAUCGUCACCGUAUCCGAGUGAAAAAAGGCCCCGGCGGAUGGGGCAAGAUAUCCGUCCGAUGCGCGGAAGCGUGGAGGCGGACGGGCGCCCGCAGGCCUGCAGCCGGCAAGGGCAAGGCCAUGCAGGCAGGAGAGAAAGAAGACCGCUCUCCCAUCCUGUCACCCUGACACGCAGAGUUUGCCAUGUCUCGAUGUCAGCGCGAAAAAGCUACUGUCAAAGCUAUGAACAAUCAGGGUCCCCACGAUAUGGAUGGACCCCGGAAAGUGCAGAGCCCUCCGUUGGCGUGUGGUCGAUGGUUCUCCCCAUUGUGCGAACCAGAGAUCGUCUUUCGCGCCCACGCGUGUGCCCAGUGUGCCAGUGUGGCCCACGAUGCCCGUCCAUUGUCGUCUGUUUUUACGUUGGUCCGAAGACAUUCCGAGGCCGGUUCGGCCCCAGUACCCGCAGACGGGAUAGCUCUAGCCUCUUGAGCCUCAUGUGGAAAAGCUUCGGGCGUGGAAAAAGGGGAGACAAAGUGCGAAGAGGCUAAUGAGAGCUUCCCGUAGCCAUGUUGAGGAUGUCCGAUAAUCGGAAAGCAUGGUUCUAUUGUCUCUCGUUGGUUUGCGACUUCUCGACUUUUGCGUACAAUACGGCCGCGCGCCCCUCCAACUCCUCUCAGGUCCUCAUUUACGCGAUGUUCUGGACUUUGGGCUAAAAGA